GGCGGUCCCAGCACCCCAGUGGGGGACUGCUGCGCUCGGCCUCUGUGUUCGAUCGGGAGCCCAGGUCUCUUCCCUGCCAAUAACAAAACCGCCGCGUCCCGGGCCUCCCUUCCGGAGCCGGAGUCGGCGGCCAAGCGCUGGUGGCGGGGCCGGGAGUGUUAAUUCCAACCGCCUCCGGGUGAUUCCGGGGACCGGAGCGCCGAGAGCUCCUCCCAUUGGCCGCGGAGUCGGCUCGGCGCUGAUUGGCUGAGGGCCUCGGUUGUGGCUCUCGAAGGCUCUCCAUUGGCCCCGCGCUCCAGUGGCAGGAGUGUGGCGGCCCGGCCUCCGCAGGUUACCCGGGGUUGAAGCUGCUGCGAGCUCCAGUGGCUGCCUGGGGACGCUCGGGGACGCUCAUUCCUGGCCAGAGUCCUGACUUCUUUCUCGGAUCCAGAUCUCGUUGCUGGCUCGAGGAAAUCACCGGCUCUUCUCCCGGAUCCUUUUCUUCUCUCACUUGCUGGCUUUCUUCUUCCUGCCUCCCUGGCUUCCAUCUCCCAAUCCCGCGAUUCCCUCCUCUACUCCCCUGCCCCCGUCGCCCGCCAUCCUGAGCCAUCCCACCUGCAACCUUCUGUCUUUUGCCCCUCCUUGACCUCAGAGGGUCCUGCCAUAAGCUUCUCACCAGAAUCUCCUAGAUUUCUGUCUCUUCCCUGCUUGCCAGCUCUUGACUCCCAAAUUCUAGCUGACGUUUGACCACUUGACAUUUGACCCUGACACCCUUGACUGCAAAUCCAAAUUCUUACCUUCUGCAGCCUGUACUGCUAAAACAGGCCUUCCCCUGUCUUCCAACCCCGCUUUCUGACACACAUUUUUACUUUCUUACUCUUGGGUCAGUUCCUGCUGCAGCUAUCCCACCAUGGACUUCUUGAUGAGUGGCCUGGCAGCCUGCGGGGCCUGUGUAUUCACCAAUCCCCUGGAGGUGGUGAAGACCAGGAUGCAGUUGCAGGGAGAACUGCAGGCCCCUGGCACAUACCAGCGGCACUACCGAAAUGUCUUCCAUGCCUUCAUCACCAUCGGCAAGGUGGAUGGCCUGGCUGCCCUGCAGAAAGGCCUGGCCCCUGCCCUCUUAUACCAGUUCCUGAUGAAUGGCAUCCGACUGGGCACCUAUGGGCUGGCUGAGGCUGGGGGCUACCUGCACACAACUGAAGGCACCCACAGUCCUGCCCGCAGCGCAGCAGCUGGGGCCAUGGCUGGGGUCAUGGGAGCCUACUUGGGGAGCCCCAUCUACAUGGUGAAGACACACCUGCAGGCACAGGCAGCCUCAGAAAUUGCUGUAGGGCACCAGUAUAAGCAUCAGGGCAUGUUUCAGGCACUAACCGAGAUUGGCCAGAAACAUGGUCUGGUGGGGUUAUGGCGUGGGGCUCUGGGCGGCCUGCCCCGAGUUAUCGUCGGUUCCUCCACCCAGCUGUGCACCUUCUCAUCCACCAAGGACCUCCUGAACCAGUGGGAGAUCUUUCCUCCCCAGAGCUGGAAGUUGGCGCUGGUGGCUGCCAUGAUGAGUGGCAUUGCAGUUGUCUUGGCCAUGGCACCCUUUGAUGUGGCCUGCACAAGGCUCUACAACCAGCCCACAGAUGCACAGGGCAAGGGCCUCAUGUACCGGGGGAUACUGGACGCUCUGCUGCAGACAGCUCGGACCGAGGGCAUUUUUGGCAUGUACAAGGGUAUAGGUGCCUCCUACUUCCGCCUCGGCCCCCACACCAUCCUCUCCCUCUUCUUCUGGGACCAGCUGCGCUCCCUCUACUACACAUACACUAAAUAACAGCCGCUCUCCCAGUCUCCAUCAAAUGAGCACUCCUUGGCCACUUGUGCCUCCACCACUAUGUCCUGGUGACUACUGAUUAGGUGACCUUUCAUCCAUCCACGGGAGACAGCCAACCCCACUCCCCAUCUGUUCUCAGGGUUGAAUCACUACAAGAGAUGAGUUUCCCUUCUUUCCUUGGGUGUUGCUUUAAACCUUCCCUACCCAUUCCCUGGGUAACUCACACCCCUCUCUCAGGGCUGAACCAGUCAUCCCAGAGUGUAUUUCCUCCCUCUCACCACUGCCACCCUUGAGUCCCUCCUGCUCCCAUGCACAGCUUUAAACUCCUCCCUCCAGAACCAAAGGGAAUUGAGAGACCCAAUUCCCAGGCGUCUGGGACCCAGGCGUCCUGUUAGAUUCAAAGGCACAGAGAUUAUAUUGAUUAUAAAGCAAGUUUAUUCUGAA